AUGUCCCUUCAACUUGAAGAACCUAGUGUUAUUUUGCAACAGCUUGAGCAGCUUCACAUUGCAAAUAAUGAUAGUUUUGUACAUGAUGUUGAAAAUGACGUGCGAGGAUGUGAAGUAGAAAUAGAAAUUACUCAUGAGAAAGAUCAUAACCUUGCUUUAGAGGAUGGUAAUAGUAAUACAUUCAGUGAAAAAAGAUGGGACGAUUGUUAUUCCGAAGAUGGAAUACAAUCAACAAUUACUAACAACAACGACAAGGACGUUUCUUCUGUUGACGGAUCUGAUAUUAGUCUUCCUAAACAUCGGAAAUAUUAUAAAUGUGAUGAUGAAAGGACUGAUUCCGAUUCUUUUAGUAAUGAAGAUGAACCUAUUUCGGAAGACACCAGCUUUCACCUUACUUCUCCACAAAGAAUUACGUCGUCAUCAAAUGCAUAUCCUUCUUAUGAACAAAUAACACCAAUUAAAUUUUCUAAUGCUCGUCUUCAAGUCAAUGAAAUGAAUGUUCCCUUAGAUGUCUCCCCAAUGUCCCUUGGGAACGUUUCUUCUCAAGAUGAUAUAGAUGUAGCGAGAAUUGUUAAUCCUAUUGUAAGAAGUAUCGCCGAUUUGAAAUCAGAAUUCCACGCACAAUUGGCCAAACUUCAUUAUUAUAUGGAACCUAAUAUCAAUGCAAUGAAUGUUAACGAUGACCAACAACAUACCGAAUUUGAAAAUUCGCAGGAUCAAUGUCGAUACGAUGCAGUUGUUACGGCCGGAAAGCUUCUAGACGUUAUUAUCCCGCUGCAACUUCCUGAGGAAGCUAAAAAAUGUCUUAUUCAAGCUCGUAACAUAAUUUGGGAAAAAUCUUUGCUUUAUCGUGUCUCCUCGCCCUCUACUCAGGCUGCUUAUGAUGCUGAUCCUGCUAUUAUUGACUCUCUCUCGGAAGGCGUAAAAACCGUUCCAGAACUUACUUUUUCGGGCACCACCAUGAAUAAUUCAUCUGAAAUUAACGGAUUAUCUGUUCAUGGGGUGAACAAUAGAGAAUGUUAUAAUCAGUUUCCUACUAAUGCUGAUGAGCAAUUUUCAACAUCUGUUGAUGACGUAUCAAAUAAUGAAAGUGAUGCUACUAAUUCUCUAGGUAAAAAACAAAGUUAUCGUCCGACUCGUGACGUUUCUGCGUACCCUUCUCCAAACAGUGGACGUCGUAAUCAAAGUUAUGUAAGACCCUCGACAAUAGAAGCUUCCACGUCAAUUAAAAAAUCAUCACCUCGAGCGCAUCAUGCACGUUCUGCACGUACUGUUGCCUCUGUUUCUGGUUCGGCUUCAAAUAUUCAGGCAAAUAAUAGACGUUUUGUUGGGUUUCUUCCUUCUAGAUGUUUUACUUGUGGUGGUAUUGGUCAUUUCGCCAACAACUGUGCUAGUAAAGGAUCCUACAUAACUACAAGUACUAUUAAAGGUCAACAACCAUAUCGUCGCCGCCGUUCUAAUGGUACAAACCACAGAAGACCCACAAAAUCGAUGGUUACUGAUGCCGCUUCUAAUGAAUGA